AUGAGCUCUGCUUUACAAAUUGGAGAGCUUUUCGGGAAGUAUGCUAAGACUGGAUACAUAAGUGAAGACGGGUUCAUUUUGGCCGUUAUUUCCCUUGUUGGACACCCGCCCAUACAGGACUUCUUGUUACAACUGGGCUUUCAAGACAAGGAUGGGCUUACAUACAGAGAAUUCUCUGAUGCGAUGAAGGAACUGCUUCGCACGGUUAACAAUGAACCUCCUUCACCUGAAGAUCUUGCCUCUGCGCUGCAGACGGUCUUCCCGAAGAGUACCUUGACUCUCUCAGAAUUUGUUUCAGCAUUUCAGCACAACGCCACUAUGUUAGGUUUAGAUGAUGUGACUGAAGAAUUAUUAGUCGGACUAUACCAAUAUGCAGGAGGUCUAGACACGAUAAGCUUAGCACAGUUCACAGACUUCAUACACCUGCAUGCGGGCAGGUACUGA